AACUUCAAGAGAAAAGAAAAUUCUUUUUCAUUAAUCCCCAAAAUUAAUAUUUUAUAUAAACUACCUCUUGAUAUUAUUCAAUUAAUACUAUAUUCUUUAAUUUUUUUAACAACAAUUAUUUUUUCAAAUAUAAUUCACCCAUUGGCUAUAGGAUUAACUUUAUUAAUUCAAACAGUUUUUAUUUGUUUAAUCACAGGUUUAAUAACUAAAACAUUUUGAUAUUCUUAUAUUUUAUUUCUAAUUUUUUUAGGGGGAAUGUUAGUUUUAUUUAUUUAUGUUACAUCAUUGGCUUCAAAUGAAAUAUUUAAUUUAUCAAUUAAAUUAACUUUAUUUUCAGGUAUUUUAUUAUUUAGUUUAUUUUUAAUUUCAAUUAUCAUUGAUAAAACUUCAAUUUCUUUUUUUUUAAAUAAUAAUGAAAUACUUUCAAUUUUUAAUAAUAAUUCAUACCUAACAGAAAAUUCUUUAUCAUUAAAUAAAUUAUAUAAUUUUCCAACAAAUUUUAUCACAAUUUUAUUAAUAAAUUAUUUAUUAAUUACUUUAAUUGUUGUUGUAAAAAUUACUAAAUUAUUUAAGGGACCAUUACGAAUAAUAUUUUAAACUAAUGAAUAAACCUUUACGAACUUCCCACCCAUUAUUUAAAAUUGCUAAUAACGCAUUAGUAGAUUUACCAGCUCCUAUUAAUAUUUCAAGAUGAUGAAAUUUUGGAUCAUUAUUAGGAUUAUGUUUAAUUAUUCAAAUUUUAACUGGAUUAUUUCUAGCUAUACAUUAUACAGCAGAUGUAAACUUAGCUUUUUAUAGAGUAAAUCAUAUCUGUCGUGACGUAAAUUAUGGAUGAUUAUUACGAACUCUACAUGCUAAUGGUGCAUCAUUUUUUUUUUAUUUGCAUUUAUUUACAUGUAGGACGAGGAAUAUACUAUGGUUCAUAUUUAUUUACCCCUACAUGAUUAGUUGGAGUAAUUAUUUUAUUUUUAGUUAUAGGAACUGCUUUUAUAGGAUAUGUUCUUCCCUGAGGUCAAAUAUCAUUUUGAGGAGCAACAGUAAUUACAAAUCUAUUGUCUGCCAUUCCUUAUUUAGGGAUAGACUUAGUACAAUGAGUAUGAGGAGGAUUUGCAGUUGAUAAUGCAACUCUUACUCGAUUUUUUACAUUUCACUUUAUUUUACCUUUUAUUGUUUUAGCUAUAACAAUAAUUCACUUAUUAUUUUUACACCAAACAGGAUCUAAUAAUCCUAUUGGAUUAAACUCAAAUAUUGAUAAAAUUCCAUUUCACCCAUAUUUCACUUUUAAGGAUAUUGUUGGUUUUAUUGUAAUAAUUUUUGCUUUAAUUGCUUUAGUAUUAAUUAAUCCUUAUUUAUUAGGAGAUCCUGAUAAUUUCAUUCCAGCUAACCCAUUAGUAACUCCAGCUCAUAUUCAACCAGAAUGAUAUUUUUUAUUUGCAUAUGCUAUUUUACGAUCUAUUCCUAAUAAAUUAGGAGGAGUAAUUGCUUUAGUUUUAUCUAUUGCAAUUUUAAUAAUUUUACCUUUUACUAACUUAAGAAAAUUUCGAGGAAUUCAAUUUUACCCAAUUAACCAAAUUUUAUUUUGAGUUAUAGUAGUAACAGUAAUUUUAUUAACAUGAAUUGGAGCUCGACCAGUUGAAGAACCUUAUGUUUUAAUUGGACAAAUUUUAACAGUUGUUUAUUUUUUAUAUUAUUUAAUUAACCCAUUAGUUAAUAAAUGAUGAGAUAAUCUAUUAAAUUAAUUA